AUGAAUUGGAUACAAGGCUGCCCUGCUACCACUGUGGUGGAUGUGGAGCAACCACUGUUAAUAGAGAAAUUCUACAGCUCAGUGGCACCAGAUGUGGAAGACCGCUGGCUUAUCACUCUGCCAGAAGCUGCGAGGCUGGCAGACGAACGCCAGGAUGCAAAGACUGCUAAAAGGCGAGAACCCAGCGUCUAUCACUGUUUGGAGACUACAACCACUGGGGAACAGUUCCAACAUCGACUGAGACCUUAG